AUGGCCAAAAAGAGAGGAUCGAAGGGAAAUGCGCUGGUAGCAAAGAAGCCUAAAGCUGAUAAAGAGGAAAAGCGUAAAGUGGUCGAAGCUGUGGAAGAAAAAAUUCUCGAGCAUCACGAGAUUGCUGAGCUAGCUGAGAAAGUGACACAAGAUAGAAAGUACAAUGGCCUAGUACCUUUGAUAGAUGAGUAUCAAAUAAUUGAAAAGAAGUUAUUGAAAGAAGGAGACCAAAGUUUUGAUAAACAUGCUAGGCUUCUUACAGAAAAGCUCACGAAGUGUUUCGAGGUUCUCAUCCUGUCCAGUGUGAUGGAGGAAACGAAAGAUGAGAAGAAAAAGCUCAUUGCAUCCUGGGUGAGAGACAAGUAUGACAAGUUUAGGGCUAGACUAUGCUGGUUUGUUAACACUCGACUCCCAUUUCAGGCCUCUGUUCAACUUGACGCUGUCGACUCUUACCUAGCUCUCUUGGAAGAGGAAACGACAAAAUAUGGAGAAUUUCCUGUCGCCAUGUACCAGGAACUAGUCAUCGCAUUACUUGCUAGUGAUAUUGGCUGCAAUAGGCCAGACGGAAGAUCGGACAAUUAUGUUGUGCAAGCAUUUCUGGCUCUAUUUUGCGACGACAGAAACUUGCAGCUUAAUUUAUUUCAAGAUUCCCUUGCUGAUAAACUCGUGGAAUGGCAAAGUCUCGAGCGUCCUACUAGAGACAAGAUUUUUGCAAACUACUUUGAGCUUAUCAAGGAUGGUCUUGUCCCUGACGAUGAGGAAUCUACCAGCCCUGAUGAUCUAACCGAUGACUUGAAGGCUAAGUUUCAAAAAUGUUUCUUGGCUUGGGUCAGAUUACCAGACUUGUCUGCGGCUCAGUAUAAGCUAAUUCUAAAUUCCAUGGACUACAGUAUCCUACCAUACUUGAGCACACCGUCCUCCAUGAUGGACUUCCUCACCGAUUCAUUUGAUCAAGAGGAAGAUGAAGUGGUUCAUCUUCUAGUCAUCAAAUCACUCUGGCAACUUAUGAAGGAUUACAAUUUGGAAUAUCCUGACUUUUACAACAAACUUUACUCCUUGCUCACGCCCAACCUUUUAUACAUCAGAUACAGAGCACGCUUCUUCCGCCAACUCGACUUGUUCCUUAGCUCAACACAUUUGAGCGCUAACUUAGUUGCAUCAUUCAUCAAAAGACUCGCUCGUUUGGCUCUAUCGGCUCCUGCACCAGGUGUUGUUAUCUUGUUCCCAUUCAUUUAUAACCUCUUGAAGAGACAUCCAACUUGUAUGAUCAUGCUACAAAACCUGGAGGGGCGCAACAACCCAGAUUACAAAGACCCCUUCGACAACAAGGAAACCAAUCCUCAAAAAACUGGCGCGUUAGGGUCCUCUCUUUGGGAGCUUGAAACACUUCAAAGCCAUUAUCACCCCAACAUCGCAACCUUGGCAAGAAUAUUUGGUGAGCCGUUCAGAAAACCCUCAUACAACAUGGAGGAUUUCUUGGACUGGACUUACGCCUCCUUGCUCGACAGUGAAGAGAAAAGAAGAUACAAGGGUCUAGCGGCCCUCGAGUACGAAGAAUGGGAAACACUUUUCGGACAAGACAAUGCUUUCAUGGAAGGUUGGAAGUUAAGUUGA